AUAUUUUAAAGUUGUGUUCUACGUCUACUUAGUCCAAAAAAAUUCACGUUUGCAUAACUUUUUACGUAAGGGGAGGUUGCGUCCUGACGUCAGUGUCGAUUUGACCAUGGGUUUGACAGCAUGAGGCGCAUACUCAGUGUGGAUUUAUUGAGACAUUUCUGUGUAUUUGGUAGAAAUCCCCCAUCUCGUGCUACUCUGUCAGUGGGGCGACAAAGCGUUUUUGCUCUGAACGUGUGCAGAAGAAAAUCCACGAGUGACAGCGCGAUCAUGGACCUGAGUAACAUGAGGAAGAAGUACAAAGGAGAUGAGGAGUGCUUUGAGGAGAGCCAGCUCGCGUCUCUGGACCCCAUCAAGCAGUUUGGAAACUGGUUCGACGAAGCCACCAAGUGUCCUGAGAUCGGAGAGGCCAACGCCAUGUGCAUCGCCACUGCCACCAAGGAUGGGCGUCCGUCGGCUCGGAUGGUUCUCCUGAAAGGUUACAGCAACGAAGGUUUCCGAUUCUUCACAAACUACGAGAGCAGAAAGGGUUCGGAGCUGGAGACCAAUCCGUAUGCGUGCUUGGUCUUCUACUGGGAACCCCUUAACAGACAGAUCCGUAUUGAAGGCUCUGUGGAGCGGAUACCCUACCAGAGCUCCUGCGACUACUUCCACUCCCGGCCAAAGAGCAGCCAGAUUGGGGCUGUCGUGAGCCGACAAAGCACUCCUGUUCCUGACAGAAAUUAUCUAAGGCAGAAAAAUGCAGAACUGGAAGAGAAGUACAAGGACACCGACGUGCCUAUGCCUGAUUACUGGGGCGGCUACAUCGUCAAGCCUUAUUUGAUUGAGUUCUGGCAGGGUCAGACCAACAGACUUCAUGACCGCAUCGUCUUCACCAAGCCCAAGGACGGGGAGUCCGAGCCGGGACAGUUUCAGCACGCUGCAGAGGGAGGCUGGGUGUACCAGCGACUGUCUCCAUGAGGUGUACGUCCACACACUGUGUCAUGUGAAGAGAAACUUUAUCUAGAAUAUGAUUUAAAAAUUCAUUAAUUAAAAAACAAAAACUUUACCUCACUUGAAACAACAUCUAAAUGUGUUGACUUGAACCAUUUGGUGUUUGUUAGAUGGCUACUCUGUGUAGGAUUUAUCAAUAAGCCGAUGCGUUGUCUGAACUGAACCAGAACUUGACUCUACUGUGCAGCUUUACAUUUUCCACAGGUUAUAAAAAUGCAAAGAGUGCAAACUCCACCUGACCCUGUCCAACAAUGAUUGACAGUGUAACGUUGGUUGUUGUCAUUGGUCACGUGUAGGAUCCAGAAACUGUCUUAUUAGUUGAAAAGUAGGAUUUCAUUCUCUUUUUCUUUAAUGUUUUGCUGGUCUGUAAUUUCCUGAUAAAUACCAAGAAAAUUGUCUGUAAUAUACUAAUAACAUGGAAAACUGAGAUGGAGAAGUUUAGUUUGUUGUAUUGAGUAUCUUGGUUUGAUAGAAAAAAAUGCCUUAACAGUAGGGAUCAAUUUAAUAAUAAUAAUAAGUAUAUUCACUGGCCACUUUAUUAGUUACACCUAGACAGCUGCGAAUUAUUGGUGAGGGGUCUAGUUUUAAUACAGUAUCCUAUUUUUGCUGACACUAUCACAAAGGUGUUAAAUAGAUACAAUAUAGCAUUAUAGUGCAUAAAUGAUUCCAAGCACGUCCACAAAAACUGGAUAAUAUAAAGGCAGAAUACAUACAUACAGAAAACUGCACUGGUGUUCUUAAUAAAUACUUAAAUAUUUUUCCAUGAAACUAGUAUUUAUUGUAAAAUGGUCAGCUGACUUGUAUUCAAUAUGAACAGAUUGUAGUAGUGGAAAAUGGAGUUUUACGUCUGUCAUGUUGUUUCACUUUUACACUUUUCAGGAGAAAAAUGGGGAAAUUCCAGUCAAUGUUACUUUCAGUCGCAAAAUAGUCAACAAUAACUGGGAAUUAUUGCUUUUAUUGAUUCUAAAAGAUGAAUUCCCAUGAAUUUACAGUCAAAUUGAAGUUUGUUUCUUGGGAAUUAAAGGUGAAAUAUGCGACCUCAGAAUGAAUUCAUAUUGGCCAAAUUAAAUAUGAAUUUAUUGUAGCUGUGAAAGUGACUGCCUUUUAAUAAUGAGAUUAAAAGAGCCAAUGAUGUAAAUCGUGCCAUGUUGUGUGUGCUUCUGUGUUUGAAUAAACUCUGGAAAAGAGAAACUAAUAAAGUUUAAUUUGUACUUGA